UCCACGCUUGCACAAAGGAGCCGAGGAGGUGAGCGCAUAAAAAGACGACCAAGUCCGUUUGAGGAGAGCGAGUUCUGGACAAAAGUUUGAGGACUUCCCCUGAUAUCACGACCAGCGAACAUGGUGUCGGCCGGGCUGGAGAUCCUGGGACUGUCCAUGUGCGUCAUCGGCUCCCUGCUGGUGAUGGUGGCGUGCGGGCUGCCCAUGUGGAAGGUGACCGCCUUCAUCGAGGCCAACAUCGUGGUGGCUCAGACCAUCUGGGACGGCCUGUGGAUGUCGUGCGUGGUGCAGAGCACGGGCCAGAUGCAGUGCAAGAUGCACGACUCGGUGCUCGCCCUCAGCCACGACCUGCAGGCGGCGCGGGCGCUCUGCAUCAUCUCCUCCAUGAUGGGCGUGCUGGGGCUCAUGGUGGUGAUCGCCGGGGCGCAGUGCACCAACUGCAUCCGGAACGAGUACGUGAAGGCGCGGGUGGUGAACGCCGGAGGGGUGAUCUACAUCGUCAGCGGCCUCUCCGUGCUGGUGCCUCUCUGCUGGAUGGCCAACAGCAUCAUCUCGGACUUCUACAGCCUGCAGGUGCCCGCCUCCCAGAAGAGGGAGAUCGGCGCCGCGCUCUACAUCGGCUGGGCGGCCACCGCGCUGCUGCUGAUCGGCGGCACCAUGCUGUGCUGCUCCUGCCCGUCCGGCGGGAACUCCGGGUACUCGGUCAAAUACGCACCGACCAAGCGAGCCACGCCGAACGGGGAGUAUGAUAAACGGAAUUAUGUCUGAGUCUUUUUUCCCCAACCUUCUAACCCCAACACACAAACUUUUUUUCUCUUCUUCAAUAUUGGACAUUUUCUAUCUUCGGGACUUUUUUUUUUUUUUUUGGACACAUCACAGACAAAAACAAAAAGGAGUAUCUCUGUUAGGUACACGCUUUUUGUAAGUUGAAAUAUUUUGUAUGAUCAGUUUUUAAAGGACCUUUCACUUUUGACUUAUUGUACAGCAGUGUUUUUUACGGACCCCUAAAGCAGGGGUGUCCAAACUUUUUCCACUGAGGGCCGCACACUGAAAAAAAUCAAAGCAAGUGGGGGAGGAGGGGCCACUUUGAUAUGUUUUAUUUUAAAAACCAUUACAAUAUAUGUAUAAGAAAUAUACGUUUAGGCCUCCACUCAGGCUUGAUCCCGGGGACCCCAAGGGGUUUUUGGUAAAAAAAAUUUAUAAAAAAUGUGUCAUUAUUCAGUGUUAUUAUUUGUAUUAUUAUUCAAGUUUUUAAUCUCUAGAUCAGGGAUGUCCAAACUUUUUCCACUGAGGGGCCGCACACUGAAAAAAUCAAAGCAAACGGGGGAGGAGGAGCCAUUUUGAUAUUUUUUAUUUUAAAAACCAAUACAAUAUAUGUAUAAAAAAUAUACGUUUAGGCCUCCACUCAGGCUUGAUCCCGGGGACAUCAAGGGGUUUUGGUCCAAGAAAAUAUAAAACAUUUGUCAUUAUUCAGUAUUAUUAUUACUCAAGUUUUAAAUCUCUAGAUCAGGGGUGUCCAAACUUUUUCCACUGAGGGCCGCGCACUGAAAAAUCAAAGCAAGCGGGGAGGGGGGGCUAUUUUUAUAUUUUUUAUUUUAAAAACCAAUACAAUAUAUAUAUACAAAAUUUACAUUUAGGCCUCCACUCAGGCUUGAUCCCGGGGACCCCAAGGGGUUUUGGUAAAAAAAAAAUAUAAAAAAAUGUGUCAUUAUUCAGUAUUAUUAUUUGUAUUAUUAUUCAAGUUUUUAAUCUCUAGAUCAGGGAUGUCCAAACUUUUUCCACUGAGGGGCCGCACACUGAAAAAUCAAAGCAAGCGGGGGAGGAGGGGCCAUUUUGAUAUUUUUUAUUUUAAAAACCAAUACAAUAUAUGUAUAAAAAAUAUACGUUUAGGCCUCCACUCAGGCUUGAUCCCGGGGACCCCAAGGGGUUUUGGUCUAAAAAAAUAUUUAAAAAAUGUGUCAUUAUUCAGUAUUAUUAUUACUCAAGUUUUAAAUUUCUGGAUCAGGGGUGUCCAAACUUUUUCCACUGAGGGCCGCACACUAAAAAAUCAAAGCAAGCGGCAGGGCUAUUUUUAUAUUUUUUAUUUUAAAAACCAAUACAAUAUAUGUAUACAACAUUUACAUUUAGGCCUCCACUCAGGCUUGAUCCCGGGGACCACAAGGGGUUUUGGUAAAAAAAAUAUAUUUAAAAAUGUGUCAUUAUUCAGUAUUAUUAUUUGUAUUAUUAUUCAAGUUUUAAAUCUCUAGAUCAGGGAUGUCCAAACUUUUUCCACUGAGGGGCCGCACACUGAAAAAUCAAAGCAAGCGGGGGUCAUUAUCAUGUGUCUUUAUUGAGUAUUAUGAUUUUUAUUAUUAUUCAAGUUUUAAAUCUCUAGAUCAACUUAGGUCUAUCUGUCAAUAUAACGUUUUUAAAGAUUUAAAUUGUAUGCUCUUUUUGAAAAAAAAACCCACCCUGUUUUUUAAUGAAAAAUAAAAACACAAAAUAUGCAAUAUUUUCACCCAAUACAAUUUUUAAGUGGAAUAUUUGAGAUUAUAUAAUAAUUGGAGCUUUAAAAAGGUCAAUAACUCAUAACACCAUUGAUUUUAAUUCAUUAUUAUUUUUUGAGCAAUGACACUUAAAAACAAAUCACACUAAAAUUAUUGGGAUCCAAAAGGUUCCUACUCAUUAAAGUGUUAAAAAAUUAAUUAUAAAUGUGUUUACUGUUUACUUUUAACACAAUAAUCUCGAGAUCAACUUCAGAUCUAUCCAUUAAUUACAAGUUUUAUUGUUGUUUAUGAUUUUUGUUUGUUCGUUUUAGGCCCUUCUUUUUAAAAAAAAAAAACAGCUCAGUUUUUUUAUAUGGCAAACAUAAAAUAUGCAACAUUUUCCCCAAAAAAUAUCUCAAAAUGGAAUAUUUAAUGUGGCGUAAUUGGAGUCUUGAAUAGGUCAAUAAUUCAUAAUGACAUUGAUUUUGAUUCAUUAUUAUUUUUUAACCUCUAAAGGCUUAUUGUGUUAUUAGAGUAAGCAUUGUGUUAUUAGAGUAAACAUUGCAACAUUUUCUUGUUACAUUUCACCUGUUUGCUCUCUUAUACCACUGGUUUUGUUUUGUUUUUUAUCGUAUUUUUAGAAUGUGCCGUGGGGCCAUUAAAAAAUUACCUGCGGGCCGCAAAUGGCCCCCGGGCCGCACUUUGGACACCCCUGCACUAAAGGGACAUGGAUGUUUUGCGAGAUCUCGCAAAAGGUUUUUUUCCUAUGUCAGUGAACCGGAAGUAAAACAGACACAGUACCCAUUCCGACGAGAAAGCCCCCUAGCCCUUUUCAGAUGUCUCUCACUUAUGUCAAAGCCAUGUCUACGUGCAAAAACGGAUUUGAUGUCUUUAUAUGUUAGGCCAAUACUAAAAUAGAAAUCAAUAAACCUCUCCCACGGAUGGUGGGUAGGCUCCUCCAUCGCUUUGUCUGUUUCACUUCCGGUUCAGCAUUGCUGUGUCUGUUUUACUUCCGGUUCACUGACAUAGGAAAAACACCUGUUGCGAGAUCUUGCAAAAAGUAUUGCGAGAUCUCGCAAAACAUUUUUUUUCCUCCAUGUCCCUUUAGGGGCUCUGUAGUUUUUCAACCUUUUUUUGAGCCAAGGCACAUUUUUUUUCAUUGAAAAAAUCCUGAGGCACUCCACCAGCAGAAAUUAUUAAAAAACAAAACUCAGUAGCUGAUAUUGACACACAAAAAAAAGUGGUAACACUUUAGUAUGGGGAAUAUAUUCACCAUUAAUUAGUUGCUUUUUAACAUGCAAAUUAGUAACAUAUUGGCUCUUAAUUAGUCAUUAUUCAGUACUUAUUAAUGCCUUAUUCUGCAUGGCUUUAUUAUACAACCAGUAAGCCAUUAACUGAGAGUCUUCCCUCAAUACCCUCAGAAUUAUUGCUUAUUAUUGGUGGGAAUUGGGGGUUAAAUCACCAAAAAGGAUUCCCGGGCGCGGCCACCGCUGCUGCUCACUGCUCCCCUCACCUCCCAGGGGGUGAUUAAGGGUGAUGGGUCAAAUGCAGAGAAUAGUUUUGCCACACCUCGUGUGUGUGUGUGACAAUCAUUGGUACAUUAACUUUAACCCUAACACUAACCCUUAUAUGUUCCCCUAGUGUCCAAAUAACUCAAAAUUAAGUAUUUGUUACUUAGAAUAUUUUCCCCAUACUAAAGUCCAAAUAACUCUAAAUUAAGUCUUUGUUACUUAGAAUAUGUUCCCCAUACUAAAGUGUUACCAAAAAAGUCGUUCUCGCAAUUGUUGGAUAUGAAUUUAAACCAUAACCAAGCAACACUGUAAACCCGAAUGCUCCAAAUAAUUAAUUAGAAUAAGUAGUGUAAACUUAAAAAGUUGUUAAAUGUUGUACUUACUUAAAAAUGUUGAGUGUCAGUAAAACUUUUUCCUUCUUUUUAAGUUUAUUAAACUUGUUAUUUUUAACUAACAUGAACUUGUCAGCAGAUUAUGUAACUGCUACUUAAAGUAAUUAACUCACAGUUACUUAAAACUCAGUGGAUUAAACAUAAAGUCGUCUUAUUUUGAAAGAACAAAUCAUUAAAUCGAAUCAGGAAUAAAUUAAGAAUGAAUCAAUCACAUUAUAGAUUUGUAUUGUAAUUAUACUCUGUGUGUGUAUGUAUAUAUAAAUUAUUACAUGCACGCGCGCGCACACGCACACGCAACCACAAGAGGAAGUGCUUUUAUUUUGUAGCAUUUGCAUGCACUUCCUCUUCAGGCAGCAGACACCAGGAGGAACAUUUUUGAGUUGGCUUAAUUGGUAAGUUUAAUUCAAUUAUAAUUUAAAAGUACAUUUAACAUAAACUCCAAAUAUUUACAAUCUGAUAUACUCAAAUAUUUGAGUUUAUGAACUCAAAAAAUAUGUGGCAACUGAUUGCCUCACUUUUUUUGAGAUUCUGCUUACUUAUUCGGGUUUACAGUGCAUCACUAUAGCUCUUGUCUCAAAGUAGGUGUACUGUCACGACCUGUCACAUCACGAUGUGACUUAUUUUGAGUUUUUUUGUGUGUGUUUUCCUGUGUGUAGUGUUUUAGUCCUUGUCUUGUGCUCCUAUUUUGGUGUUUUUUCCUGUUUUGUUGGUAUUUUCGUUUUGCAGUUUCAUAUCUUCCUUGAGCGCUAUUCUCCACACCUGCUUUGUUUUCGCAAUCAAGACUAUUUAAGUUGUGCGGACGCCAUCCUUCUUUGCGGGGACAUUGUUGAUUGUCAUGUCAUGUUCGGAUGUACUUUGUGGACGCUGUCUGCUCCACACGCUGUAAGUCUUUGCUGUCGUCCAGCAUUCUGUUUUUGUUUACUUUGCAGCCAGUUCAGUUUUAGGUUCGUUCUGCAUAGCCAUGCCUAAGCUUCAAUGCCUUUUCUUAGCGGCACUCGCCUUUUGUUUAUUUUUGGUUUAAGCGUAAAAUACAUUUUUUACCUGCACCCUGCCUCCCGCUGCAGAUGACACAACAAACAUCUCCAAAACAAUUAGCUACCUGCUGCCACCUACUGAUAUGGAAAAGUAUUACAUGGUUACACUGCCGAGCUCUAGACAAUGCAGACACUCAACAAUGGCACAUUUGCGAAUUAUAAUUACUGGUUUGCAAAAAAUAUUUUUAACCCAAUUAGGUGAAAUUACAUAAUCACGGGCAACACAGUGGUUGAAAAACACUGCUGUACAGUACUGUUGCUUUGCCUCCCACGAAAACAUUGCACUCCUCCAUAACGGUAAUGGGGACAUACACACCUGUCUAUAAUACACUUUUGUAUAUUUUCAUGUGCUGGAAUUAUAACGGCAUUCCAUGUCUAAUUCCGGACCCAAUCGGGAUGUUUAUUGCCAUUACUGAGAGCACCUGCUGGCUACAAGAUGGCGACAGGAAGUCUUGUUUCAUUUGGUUCAGUUCCUGGAAUUGUUUUCUUGUCUUGUUGUUUAAUGUAGUGACUGAACUUUCAUGUAUAAGAAGUUGCAAUAUUGUUUCCUUUUUUUUAUUAUUAUUAUUGAGAUUAAACACACUAUAUUGUCUGGA